UUGUGGGAACAGCAGUUCAUCAAGCCUUGGUCUGUUCACCUACUACUGUGUCUUUAUAGUUCCACCCUUUACUGUUUGGCUCCCAGGACACAAGAGUGUCCCUGUGUACCAAGACCGUCUCCCAACAUCUUCCAGCACCAGAAAUGAGCAUGCAACUUGAACUGAAGAAUGUGGAUCUGCGAGUUGGAGAUCAGCUGAAAGUAAAGGGAGUGAUUCUGCAUGACGCAGAGAGAUUCCAGAUCGACCUCGGCAGUGAUGCAGACGACCUGGCGCUGCACUUUAACCCUCGUUUCCAUGAUGACACUGACGGAGCUGUGCUUGUGUGCAACUCAAAGACUGCUGGUCUCUGGGGCGAUGAGAAACGGGAGAUACACAACCCCUUGCAGAGGGGUGCGGACGUCAAGAUUGUACUGAAGCUGACUGGAGACGUGUUUGAGGUGGAGCUUCCUGAUGGACAGGAGGUCCAGUUUCCUAACCGUGUUGGCAUGGACGUCAUCAGCUACAUCAGAGUCAGAGGAGACUUCAAACUGACUUCCUUCAAGAUCUGCUAA